AAACUUUACUUUUUUUUCAUGCUUUUUUAUUUUUUAUGUUCUUAGUUCAUAUUUCAUACACUUGGUUCACGACUUUCAAGACUUUCAGACACAUUUCAAACUUGAAAACCGCAACCCUUUUGUGCGACGGCGCCGCCGUGACAACCGCCGUCACUCUAGGCACUUGCAACCUCUCCUUUUUUCCACUAGUUCUUAUUCAUUCUUGGGUUCUUCCUCUGUUUAAAGGUUAAGAUUUGGCAUUUGAGGCCCAUUGUUUGCUUUACAUAUGGGUUAGCUUUUGGUUAUGGGAUUAAGGGAAGAUGUAUGAUGGGUUUUACUGUGACUGGCUCUUUGCUUUACCAGUUCAUUGGAAGACUAUUAGUUUCCUUCCAAUUAUAUCUACAUGAUUCCUGCAAAAAAAUUAUAUCUACAUGAUAGUCAGGUUAGGCCUGUUGGUUGGUGCUUCCAUCGCAGCCUACACUGUUAGGCAGGUUAAUGUCAGAGGUCCAAAGUCAUCAAAGUCCUCAGUUAAACAUAAAGUAAAUGAUCAAGAGGCGCAAGAAAAGGAAAAUCUUGACUACACAAAUAUCAGCAGCAAUGAGAAGGAGCAAGAAGAGGAAAAAGAAGAGGUUAAACUAAUAAGCGGGGAGAUAAACCCUCCCAUUGUUGAUACAUUUGACAUUGGAGAGGAUGAAUUCGAAGAGCUUUUAUCAGGGCAGAUGGACUUUCCUGUACCAGAUGCUGAGAAAGGUGCAAAGGCUGAUCGUCAGCGAGUUUAUGAAGAAGAGAUGGCAAACAAUGUAAGUGAACUAGAACGGUUGCGCACUCUUGUUCAGGAACUAGAGGAGAGAGAAGUACGACUAGAAGGGGAACUGCUGGAAUAUUAUGGUUUAAAAGAGCAAGAGUCUGAUAUAAUGGAGCUCCAACGGCAACUCAAGAUCAAGACCGUCGAGAUUGAUAUGCUGAAGGUUAACAUUAACUCGCUGCAAGCAGAAAGGAAAAAACUUCAAGAAGAAGUUGAGCUAGGAGCUUCUGCUAGGAAGGAUCUGGACUUAGCAAGGAAGAAAAUUAAGGAGCUACAGAGGCAAAUUCAGCUAGAAGCAAAUCAGACGAAGGGCCAACUUUUGCUGCUUAAACAGCAAGUCAGUGGAUUGCAGUCUAAGGAAGAAGAGGCCUACAAAAGGGAUUCUGAAGUUGAAAAGAAAUCUAAGGCUGUUAAACAAUUGGAGGCCGAUGUAGCAGAGCUUAAGAGAAAAACCAUUGAGCUUCAGCAUGAAAAGAGGGACUUGUUGAUUAAAUUAGAUGCUGCCGUAGCCAAAGCAGCUGUACUUUCUGACAUGACAGAGACUGAAAUGGUUGCAAAGGUUAGAGAGGAGGUCAAUGACUUAAAGCAUGCAAAUGAAGAUUUGCAAAAGCAGGUUGAAGGACUUCAGAUGAACCGGUUCAGUGAAGUUGAAGAGUUGGUCUACCUACGUUGGGUGAAUGCGUGCUUGAGACAUGAACUUCGAAACUACCAGACACCAGCUGGAAAAAUGUCUGCUCGUGAGCUUAGCAAGAACUUAAGCCCUAAAUCUCAAGAGAAGGCCAAACAGCUCUUGUUAGAAUAUGCUGGCUCAGAACGUGGCCAAGGGGACACUGAUCUUGAAAGCAACUUCUCUCAACCAUCUUCUCCUGGAAGUGAAGAUUUUGAUAAUGCUUCAAUCGACAGUUCCACUAGUAAAUACAGUAGUCUAAGUAGGAGACCAAGCAUUAUACAAAAGCUAAAGAGAUGGGGUAAAAGCAAAGAUGAUUCAAGUGCACUUUCAUCACCAGCUAGAUCUUUCUCAGGAGGCUCACCUAGGAGCAGGGCUAGCAUGAGUCAGAAGCAUAGGGGGCCACUGGAAUCCUUAAUGCUAAGAAAUGCAAGUGACAGUGUUGCAAUAACCUCAUUUGGGAAGGCAGAACAGGACAUGGAUGGAUCUGAAACUCCAGAUUUCCCCCGCAUUAAAACCCGGGUUCCUUCCAAUGAUUCAUUGAAUUCUGUUGCAGCUUCAUUUCAGUUGAUGUCAAAAUCAGUCGACGGAGGCAUUGAUGAAAAGUAUCCUGUAUACAAAGACAGGCAUAAACUGGCAUUGGAGAGAGAAAAACAGCUCAAGGAAAAAGCAGAGCUAGCAAGAGCUGAAAAGUUUGGUGACAAGUCAGGUUUGAAGCCUGAGUUUAAGGUGAUGAACAAAUCUGCAGCUUUGCCUCCAAAACUUACUCAGAUAAAGGAAAAGGUACAGGUUCCUAGCAAUACAGGUGAUCAAUCUGGUGAUAGUAAAAUGGCUGAUUCUUCAGUGGUGAGCAAAAUGAAACUUGCAGAGAUUGAGAAAAGGCCUCCGAGGGUACCACGCCCCCCACCAAAAUCAUCUGGAAGCAAUGCUUCAGGUGGAAAUGUUAAUGUUUCCAGUGGAGUACCAUCAGGAGGCCCACCACCACCCCCACCGCCACCCCGUGCUCCUGGUGCUCCUCCGCCUCCCCCUCCACCUCCAGGAGGCUUAGCAAGAGGGACUGGAAAUGAUGACAAGGUUCACCGUGCUCCUGAAGUUGUUGAAUUUUAUCAGAGCCUGAUGAAACGGGAGGCAAAGAGAGAUACAACAAGUCUGAUAUCAACUACUUCUACUACAGCUGAUGCAAGGAGCAAUAUGAUUGGUGAAAUUGCGAACAAAUCCACCUUCCUCUUAGCAGUGAAAGCUGAUGUUGAAACUCAAGGUGAUUUUGUUCAGUCAUUAGCAUCUGAAGUCCGAGCUGCUUCUUUUGUUGACAUUGAAGAUCUGGUUGCAUUUGUGAAUUGGCUAGAUGAAGAACUUUCCUUCUUGGUUGAUGAGAGGGCGGUUCUCAAGCACUUUGAUUGGCCUGAGGGUAAAGCAGAUGCUUUAAGAGAGGCUGCAUUUGAAUACCAAGAUCUGGCAAAGUUGGAGAAGCGUGUUUCAUCGUAUGAAGAUGACCCCACCAUUCCAUGUGACAAAGCUCUCAAAAAAAUGUACUCGUUACUUGAAAAGGUUGAACAAAGCGUGUAUGCAUUGUUGCGCACACGUGACAUGGCUAUUUCAAGAUAUAAGGAGUUCGGGAUUCCUGUGAAUUGGUUGAUGGACUCAGGAAUUGUUGGCAAGAUCAAGCUAUCAUCAGUACAAUUAGCAAAGAAGUACAUGAAGCGUGUGGCAACAGAACUUGAUACACUCAGCGGUCCGGAAAAGGAACCAAACAGAGAAUUCAUACUCUUACAAGGCAUUCGGUUUGCUUUCCGUGUUCACCAGUUUGCUGGAGGUUUUGAUGCUGAAAGCAUGAAAGCAUUUGAAGAUUUAAGAAAUCGCGCUAACACACAAGCAAACGAAGAUAGUAAGCUGGAAAUCUGAGUGGUGCACUAAUGUUACUCCUUGAACAGAAUAUUUAUAUACAGUUAUCUUGUACAUCUUACCAUUAUUUAUAAACUUCAGGAAUAUAUUAGCAAUUUUAUACAAGUUAAGUUUUUUGAGGUCAAAAGGAAUAAAUGUACUUGUGCAAGCAAGAGGUUCAUAAGUUCAUUCCUAAUAAUCUUGAUCCUUGUCUUGCUCCUACUCCUGCUUCUGCUACCAAUAUGCUCUGGCGUGAAUGAAUUGAGACGAGGUGAACUGUCACUGGCUCUCAGCUGCUUUCAAAACCUAAUGGAAACUUUAUAGUGUGGAUGUCAACCGUUGUACCAAAACAGUCCUCCUUUUAAAUUCUCUUUUAGAUUCUAUUGGGAUAGCUUUGACGAAACUCAGCUGCCAUCUCAAACAUGAAGCCAGCCUGAUUGCACUGUGCUACCUGAAUAUCCUGGACUUAUUUCAGGUUCGAGAAGCUUGAAGUCCUUGAACCAACUUACCUUUCUCUUCUCUUGUCUUUUGCUGGGAGGAAGUGCAGCUAAGUUUUAAACUCUAGUCACCAACAAUGAAAACUAUGAAAUGAAAGAUGUAAGAACAUGAUGUAUUGAGGUUGAACAUUGUUAGGCUUAUUCUCGACUUGAUUAUCUUAGCUACUUGACUUCAUGGCUUGCUUGA